AUGACCCUGGGCUGGCCACUCCAAGGGACCUGCAGGCCAGGGGAGAAGAUCACGGUGGUGGAUGACUCCAACGAGGAGUGGUGGCGGGGGAAGAUUGGGGAGAAGGUGGGCUACUUCCCCCCAAACUUCAUCAUCCGGGUGCGUGCUGGGGAGAGGGUGCACAAGGUGACUCGAUCCUUCGUGGGCAACCGCGAGAUCGGCCAGAUCACGCUCAAGAAGGAUCAGAUCGUGGUGCAGAAGGGUGAAGAGGUGAAUGGUUACGUCAAGGUGUACAGUGGGCUCUUCCCAGUGGAUUUCCUGCAGGAGAUCUGAGGGGGGUGGGGGGCACUGACCCAGGGACCCCCCAAACCGAGGCCACGGCUGGUCCCUGACUGCAGGGAGCUGCUGGAGCCUGGCAGGGGGUGGCGAUGGGCAGGGGAUGCCCAGCAGUGGGGUCUCCAGCAGGACCCAUCUCCCCCAGGACUGGACAAGGUCAGCGCUGUGGGAGCCUCCUGGGCUGGUUUUGGUGCCUUCAGAGACACGGGGUGCAAGGAGGGGGCACCCCCAGAGGCCACCCACAUUCCCCCCCAUGCCUGGGGGGGUGUCACUUGGGUGCUGGGUGCCUUGAGGGUGCUGGUUGGGUGCUGGGUGCCUUGGUGGGGGGUGUCAGGGUGGUCCUGGGGGCUGUGUAA